GUGGAACACGCACUUUGACCCCAUACUGGGCUUUUCUCUCCCUUGUCCAUGCUGUUGUGUUAUUGGUUAGCAUGUUAGCCUUGCUGCUGUCGGUUAGCCGCAGAGCUACGUGUCGGUGAGCCGGUACACGGUUCGGCCCGAGAGAGAGAGAGAGAGCGGUUCCUUCAGUGUCUAAAUGUUGUGGUAGGGUUUAAACAGCAGAAGCAGGAGCUGGACUCCUGUGGUGUCUUUAUAUCGACAGAUACCGGUUUAUUUUGCUCUGGCUGCUGCUUGUUUUGUUGUCAGUGCGCGGUUCCUGCUAAAGGAAUUCUGGUUCUGAUUCUCCAGACAAUAGUGGACCGUGGUGGUGUUUAGGGUUCUGGUUCCUGGUCAUGGCUCAAGAUCCACUAGCAGACGCUGGACUUCACUUCGAUGAACUCAACAAGUUACGAGUCCUCGAUCCAGAUGUCUCCCAGAAAACCACCGAGCUCAAAGAGGAAUGCCAAGACUUUGUUGACAAAGUUGGGCAGUUUCAGAAGACAGUAGGUGGACUCGUUGAAAUGGUGGAUGAACUGGCCAAGGAAGCAGAAAAAGAAAAAAUGAAGGCAAUAGGUGCUAGAAAUCUGCUGAAAUCAGUUGUGAAACAACGAGAGGCUCAGCAGCAACAGCUCCAGGCUCUAAUUGCAGAGAAGAGGAUACAGCUGGAAAGGUACAGAAUUGAAUACGAAGCUCUUUCCAAAGUCGAAGCGGAGCAGAAUGAGUUCAUUGACCAGUUUAUGCUGCAGAAAUGAUCAUCUUUUCUUCAGCAUUUUGUCAAGAGGACAGAAAGUAUGAUGCUAUGCGUCUCUGAAAAUGACUUCACCAAUAAGAAGUGGGAUUCUCACUUGGUCAUUUGUUUCAGUCCGUGGAUUCAACAACCUCAGCAUAUGACCCAGUUCCUGGGGUUACAAAUGUAACACAUCUGUUCCACAAUAAGGCAUUCAAUAAGUAUUUAGAUAUAAAACAAAAUAUUUAUACUAUUUAUAUAGAAUUGUUCUGUAAAUCUUAUUUUAAUACUUUUUGCUACCAGGUAAAAUACAGUACCUGCAUGUUACUGUAAAUAAUUACAAAAUCAGGACGAGUGAUUAUCUGUACAUUUUGUAUUCUUUUUGUGACUUGAACACUUUUGAUUUUAUCGUAUCUUUAAUUUCUUGACACUCUUGGUUUUUCAUGGGACCACAAGAGGAAGUGCAUUUAAAGUUCAGGAAAUUUCAAUCACCAAACAGUGCAUUUAUUUACUUUGUUUACAGUACAUUAUUAAAAUCCUGACGCAGCACCUGCCGUCAGUCAUGCUUGCUUUGACAGACGUCAUGUAUAUUUGAAUAAAACUAUUUUGCUCA